AUGACUCCCACGACUUCUGCCCGUGCGCUCGUCCGUCGCGGGCCCGUGUUGUCGCGUGCCGUAGGCCGUCCGUCUGGCGCUCGGCACGGAUGCACCAAGUCCAAGAGCGGCCAGGCCGUCGAGAAGUCUCCUGAGUCGGAGCCGACGACCGUGACCGUUCAAGGGCCGUCAUGGGUGUGGCUUGAGCCUGUGGGGAGACCCUUUCGCGCCUACAGUCGAGCACAGGCCCGCCGUCCCUAUGUGGUCCAGUUGCUAAGCACCAUCACGAUUUGGUUCUUUGGCGACCUUUCCGCCCAGAUGAUUUCUGCCUCCGAGGAGGAUUCCUACUCGCCGUCCAGGGCGCUGCGUUCCGUCUUCAUCGGCAGUCUCACGUCCAUCCCCAACUAUCGAUGGUUCAUGUUCCUGGGCCAGUCCUUCAACUACAGCUCGAAGCUGCUGAGCCUGGCCACCAAAAUCGUCGUGAAUCAACUGGUGUUUACGCCCGUUUUCAACACUUAUUUCUUCUCCAUGCAUUCUUUGUUGGGCGGGGCGACCUUUGAAGAACUCGUCGAGAGGGUCAGGAUUGCCGUUCCGGUUUCAUGGGUGAACUCCUGCAAGCGUUGGUCCCCUCGCCAUCAUUCACACCUGAGAUGCUGA